GGGUGCCCUCCCUCAGCCCCGGCCCCCAGUCCCCCAGCCCGGGGCCGGCUCCCGGAGCUGGGGGGCCGCCCUUCUCGGGACCCCGGCGUCCGGGGCCCCCCAGCCUUUGUGUGGGAGGGAGCGGCCGGCGGUCCGGGGGGCAGGGCCAAGGCCGGGGCCGGGGGGGUCCUCCCCCCCGGACCCCGCAGGAGAAGAUGUCUUCGCGGACCGCGCUGGCUCCGGGCAACGACCGGAAUCCCGACUCGCAUGGAACCCUGAGCAGCGGUAGGUCCUCAGACAAGGGUCCCUCUUGGUCCAGUCGCUCACUGGGUGCCCGCUGUCGGAACUCCAUUGCCUCGUGCCCGGAGGAGCAGCCCCAUGUCGGUAACUACCGGCUUCUUCGGACCAUUGGGAAAGGGAAUUUCGCCAAAGUCAAACUGGCCCGGCACAUCCUCACUGGGAGAGAGGUUGCCAUCAAGAUAAUCGACAAAACCCAGCUCAACCCCAGCAGCUUGCAAAAGCUCUUCCGAGAGGUCCGAAUCAUGAAAGGCUUAAAUCACCCCAACAUCGUGAAACUGUUCGAAGUCAUUGAGACGGAGAAAACCCUGUACCUGGUCAUGGAGUAUGCCAGUGCUGGGGAGGUGUUUGACUACCUCGUGUCCCAUGGCCGCAUGAAGGAGAAAGAGGCAAGAGCCAAGUUUCGGCAGAUCGUCUCCGCUGUGCAUUACUGUCACCAGAAAAACAUCGUACACCGGGAUCUGAAGGCAGAGAACCUGCUGCUGGAUGCAGAGGCCAACAUCAAAAUCGCCGACUUUGGCUUCAGUAAUGAGUUCACACUGGGCUCAAAACUGGACACCUUCUGUGGAAGUCCCCCUUAUGCAGCCCCGGAGCUAUUCCAGGGCAAGAAGUAUGAUGGGCCUGAGGUGGACAUCUGGAGCCUAGGGGUCAUUCUCUACACACUGGUCAGCGGCUCCUUGCCCUUUGAUGGCCAUAACCUUAAGGAGCUCCGGGAGCGAGUCCUGAGGGGCAAGUACCGGGUCCCCUUCUAUAUGUCCACAGACUGUGAGAGCAUCCUCCGAAGGUUCCUGGUACUAAACCCAGCCAAACGGUGUACCCUUGAGCAAAUCAUGAAGGACAAGUGGAUUAACAUUGGCUACGAGGGAGAAGAGCUGAAGCCGUACACUGAGCCUGAGGAGGACUUUGGAGACCCCAAGCGCAUCGAGGUAAUGGUGAGCAUGGGCUAUACUCGGGAAGAGAUCAAAGAGGCCUUGACGAGCCAGAAGUACAAUGAGGUCACAGCCACCUACCUCCUGCUGGGCAGGAAGAGUGAGGAGGGUGGGGAUAGGGGAGCCCCUGGGCUGGCUCUGGCUCGAGUUCGAGCACCCAGUGAGGCAGCCAACGGCCCCAGCAAAAGUUCCAGCUCCAGCCAGAACAAAGGCCAGAGGAGUUCUUCGUCGACCUACCACCGGCAGCGUCGGCAUAGCGAUUUCUGUGGCCCCUCUCCAGCGCCCCUGCACCCUAAACGUAGCCCGACGAGUACGGGAGAGACAGAGCUGAAGGAGGAGCGGCUACCAAGUCGAAAGACCAGCUGCAGCACGGCUGGGGGUGGCAGUCGAGGCCUGCCCCCGGCCAGCCCCAUGGUCAGCAGUGCCCACAACCCCAACAAAGCUGAGAUCCCAGAGCGGCGCAAAGACGGUUCAGGCACACCUAAUAACCUCCCCCCUAGUGUGAUGACACGCCGGAACACAUACGUAUGUACGGAGCGUCCUGGGAGUGAGCGCCCUUCUCUGCUGCCCAACGGGAAGGAGAACAGCUCGGGCCCUCCUCGAGUUCCCCCAGCUUCCCCCUCGAGCCACAGCUUGGCACCCCCAGGGGGUGAGAGAAGCCGCCUGUCCCGGGGCUCCACCAUCCGCAGUACCUUCCAUGGUGGUCAGGUGCGGGACCGGCGGGCAGGGGGCGGAAGUGGGGUCCAGAAUGGGCCACCUGCCUCACCCACCCUGGCCCACGAGGCCACGCCUCUGCCCACUGGGCGACCUCGACCCACCGCCAACCUCUUCAGCAAGCUCACCUCCAAACUGACCCGAAGGGUCACCCUCGACCCCUCUAAACGGCAGAACUCUAACCGCUGUGUGUCUGGGGCGUCUCUGCCCCAGGGAUCCAAGAUCAGGUCGCAGACCAACCUGAGAGAAUCGGGGGACCUGAGGUCACAGGUCGCCAUCUACCUUGGGAUCAAGAGGAAGCCACCCCCCGGCUGCUCCGAUUCCCCUGGAGUGUGAAGUUGACGAGCUCCCGCCCACCGGAGGCCCUCAUGGCAGCCCUUCGCCAGGCCACUGCGGCCGCCCGAUGCCGCUGCCGCCAGCCCCAGCCCUUCCUGCUGGCCUGCCUGCACGGUGGGGCCGGCGGUCCGGAGCCCCUGUCCCACUUUGAGGUGGAGGUGUGUCAGCUGCCUCGGCCGGGCCUCCGGGGCGUCCUCUUCCGCCGGGUGGCGGGCACUGCCCUGGCCUUCCGCACGCUGGUCACCCGCAUCUCCAACGACCUGGAGCUCUGAGACUGGCAGUCCCCCUCCGCCAGAGACUUUGAGGGGAUCAGGGGGAAGGGGAGCCCCCACGCCCCACUGAAGAGCUCGGCUCCCCCUUGUCCUUCUUCCACUCCACUCACGCUGGUAUUGGGGAGGGGGGAAGAACGCUGGAGGGGUGGCCACCAUACUUAUUCUAGUCUUUUUGAGCUGGAAAAAGCCUUAGAGACCAUCAAGUUCCACCCUUCCCAUUUUACUGAAGGGGAAACUGAGUUUUGGGGAGGGGAAGGGCCUUGCCCAAGGCCAGCUGGUUGGGGGUCCUUAGAACCCAGCUUUCCUGCUUCCCUCUUCAUUCUCCCACACCAAAGCCCAGCACCGCUCCUAUCCCGCCCAACCCUUCCGUUCCUUGGAAUGAGGCAUUGAAGCAGAGGUGGGGUCAGUCGCACAGGUCCUUGCGAAGUCAGGUUCCUGUCCAGCGCAAUGGCCUGGGAGGCAGGAGCUCUAGGUUUUCCUUCCUGAUUCUCACUCUUUUGACCUUGGACAAAUCACUGUAGGCCACGUUUUUCCUCUUGGGACAAAGGAGGGAGUUAGACUAGCUUGGUCUCUAGGGUAUCUCCUAGCUCUAUCCCCAAUUUUUUUUGGGGGGAGGCAGCUGGAGGGAACCUUGUAGAACCUAGAUUCCCUACUCUUUCUACGAUGGGUUGCCAGAGACUUUGCAGGAAAGCUGGGGGCUGGGGUGGGGAACGGGGUCAGUUAUAAAGAAGGACAGGGCUCCUGUCUGCCCGGUCCACCCCCCACCCCCCACCCCCCAUCCACCAACAAGAUCUCCCAUGGGACUGAACUUUGGACUGGGUGGCAAAUUGGCUGUGAAGGCCAGGUACAGCAUCCUAGGAGGAACUUGGCUAUAGGGGAAGUCCCCCCACCCCCAGCCUGAGGGCUUUCCCUUCCCUUUCUUUCCCUCUAAAAACCACCUCAGGUGCCCAAAACUGAUUUGGAUUGGACUCUCUAUGGGGCGAAGUUCUCAAAUUCUCCCCCUUCCGUUACCUGGUGUGAGAGCUUUGUGGGGAGGGAAGACUGAAGAGGGGAGCUGGGAGGACUGCGGGCCUCCUCUCCUUCUGUCCUCCCUCCCCCUGCUUCCACCCACCAAUCAGACACCUUCUCCCUUCCUCUUUUCCCUGGCACUUUGUACAAAUCCUUGUAAAUACAUCCUCUCUCCUGCUUCCCAACCUCCCCUCAUCCUAUCCGCCAAGGGAGCUGCCUCCAGUUUUUAAGUUAUUAUAUCCCUGGUCCCCCCAGCCCGGCCCUGGCCCCUGCCGCCUGUUACCAAUAAAAUUAGGAGAUUCCCCCUG